AUGCUGACUGGAUUGCCACUGGAUCUGGUCAACAGGUGGCGUCAGGUCUAUCAGAGUGAUGCUAUGAAGUCGAUUGUCAUCGGCGAAGAAUAUAAUCCCGGCACCGCUGUGAAGUCUGGUGAGGACAUUUUUGAGUUCAUUAAGAACAAUGUCAUAGGAAUCUUCAAUCCUGCUACUACUUGCAAUAUGGGAUCUUCUGGUGAUUCAUUGGCUGUACUUGAUAGCCAGGCGAGUGUGUACAGUGUCACUGGCUUGCGGAUUGUGAACGCCAGUGUAUUCCAUUUUCUUUCACCAAAGCACCCACCGGGCGUGGGAAUGUCCGAAGGCUAG